AUGGCUUGUCACAAACUGCACAGCAAAAAGCCCAGUUUCUCCAAGGUAACUGCUGUCGACUCCUUCCAGGUGCUCAUCGACCUGGCGAAGUACCGGGAGCGGCCCGUGGACCCUUCUGACGCCCGGGACUGUGCCAUGGAGAUCGGGGCGGUGGCCUACAUGGAGUGCUCCUCUCUGACCCAGAAGAACCUAAAGGAGGUGUUCGACACGGCCAUCCUGGCCAGCCUGCAGAAAUACGGCUCACGGAAACGCUCGAGAGGCAAACAGAAGCACCGAAUGAAGGCGAGGCAGACCCCGGACAAGAUGAAGAGUCUGUCUAAGUCCUGGUGGAAACGGUACUGCUGCGUGGCGUAAAGCAGACCUGGGGACUGGAUCCGGCUCUGAUUCUGGGCUGGAGUUUUAAAGAAAACCACAUAAAUCUUGACUGGAACGUGGAAUAUUGUGGAUGAGAUUUACUACUGAGCUUCUAUUUUGAGUCGCCUGGAGGAUUCUCUGGUGUUUAUUCACUUAGACUGGUUAAACACCAGUUCUGUUCUGCGACCAGUAAAAGAUGUGACAGAGUCAUACCCAGGUUGCUUUUCUCUGGAUUUCUGGUCCAAAAAUACUGAAGAAAAAUUAAAACAACAGACAAAACAACCCUCUUGGUAUAAAUUUAUUCUGCCUUUUUAUGCAUCCCAAAGGAAAACUGGAAUCUUUGUUGGAUAUAAUUAUUAUAAUCGAUGAUCUAAGCCAAACAACACACUGUCAGCCGACUGUAAAUUGUUCCCAAUUCUGAAUUGGUUUAAAAUAAGAUCAGAAAGAGCUGCUGCGAGAAAGAGAGUCGCCCUCGGAGCAGACUUUGUCACGGAGGAUUUUAUGACCCAGACAUGAUCACAAGAAGUCACCAAGAAGUCAAAACAAGUCCGUCCGUCUUGACGUUAAUUCAGACCGGAGCCAUUGUUACUCUGAUCAGAGGACUCGCUGAGGAACCGCAUCCUGAUUUUACACGUUUCUGAAUCAGCUUUUAGUUUGGUCUUAAACAGAACAAUUUGUACCAAAUUCAGGCUUUAUUUUUUAUUUUUAUGCAAGAGCUCAAAUCAUAUCUAAUCUUGAUACGAACUCAUGCACAUUUUUGUCUUAUCAGAAGUCACAAACUGUUCCCGCUUUGAUCAAAACUGAGAUUUCCAAACAACCCACAUUCUUUAUAUCUUUUUUUUUCUGUAGCAGCAAACAAACUAUUUCAUGUCUCCAUAUUGGAAGGUAAUUUAUCAUCUUUUCCUCUCAAACUCAUCAGGACUGACAGUGAAAACAGAGCGAAGCCGGUUCAAGUUGGUCAGCUGUGAAAACGGGAUCGUUUCUUCUGCACGUGUUUGACUUAUAACUUAAAACAAAGUGGUACCAAACAUUUCCACUGCUACAUGCGAUUUAUCCUUUCAGACUUGACAAUGAGCGUUUGCUGAAUCAGAUCCUCCAUGGUUAAAUCUAAAAUUAGCUAUAAUUAAUUCUUAAUACAUUUUGCUAUCUUUAUUUCUUAAGAAAAACCCCUUUUCUCUGUUAUAUUACUGGAUAUUAUUGUUAGUUACUGACACGUUAUAGACACUGUGUCUAUAACGCAUCAAUAAUCUAUAAACCUGGCGGUUUUCUCUUUCUAAUAUUUCAUCAACUUUCUAAUAUUUCAUCAAAUGAAAAUCACAACGUUAAUGUUUUUUAUUUUAUGCGACAGACCAACAUGCAGUGGGGCAUCGAUAGGAAGAACAAAAGUAAAGCACCGUUUCAGUUUGUUUCGACAGAUGAAAAUAUAAAAAGUGCGAUGGGCAUUUAUGUCCAGCCCCCUCUAAGUCAAUAGAGGAGAUAACAAUGCAUCAAAAGAUGCAAAUAAACAAACAUUUUAAGUCUGUUUUUAAAUAAAAAGGCAAACAUUGUAUUGCCUGAAAUGCAGUAAUAGCAUUAUUUUACUUGUAGCAAAGGAUGCAUCUGCAACUAAAAAGAUACAAGCAUGUGAAAAGCUCAGCCCUUUUUUAAUCAACUUAAUGUCUAAAAUGUAGCUGAUCUAUUGACUAUUUUUUAAAUUAAUCAUUGGACAGCAAAAAGGGAUUAAUAUGAGAUUUUGUUUCACAGAAUUUGAACCAGGUGAAGCUAAACCUGCCACUUGAAGAGUUCUAGGUAAAACAUAUUUACAAAUAAAAGUCUUUUUUAAAUCUUAAAUGCCAAAUGUAUAUAUUUUUGUACAGCUUUGACUUAAUUCCUGCUUUGACUACCCUGUUCUUUCAGAAAAUUGCCUUUUUUUUGAGUCUGUAUGCUCCAGUAAAGGAUUGAUUACUAAGUUAGUUAACGAUAAAUUCAAUGAUCACGAUUAAUCCGAUUAACCGUUUCAGCCAUGCUGCCACGUUAAGCUAAGAUUUUUGUUGAAAGUUGGAUUCGUUGGUUUCUCUCGGUGGAAGCUGUUUCUAACACAACUCAAUGGGUUCACUGUGUGGACGUUUAACUGCUGAUAGCAAAUGCUUUGUGUGUUGCAGGGAGAAAAGGCAUAAUAGGUCAUUUGUCUUGUGGAGCUAAGUGGGCUAAAGGUCACACACUCUUAUGAUAGCUGGCAUUUCCUGUGUCAAGUUUAACAGAAGUUACUUAAUUCACUCCGGUUUAAAUGUCUUAGUGGCGUUAACCAUGUUCUGUCUUGUCUUUCCGUGUCAAUCAGCAGAAAACGCCUGGCUUGUAUCUUAAAAUGACCUGAAGAUGCUCACGUUUUAAACUUUCAAAUACUGUGAUCCCGUAGAUUCUGCUUUAUUUAAUCACCACAGGAACUACUCUGAUCCCAACAGAUAACUAAGCAAUGCAACGCGCUACAACGCUUGCACGAAUUCACUCGUGACGCCAGCUUUUGAGGUUAUGAAAGGUCAGAGGGUUUCCCCUGUUUUGACUUCCUCUCAGGUGGUUGCUGCAGCGCGGCGUUGCAGCAGGAUGGCAGACUAAGGGCUUCGUAACGUAGAGCAGAUGGCUAUCUGAACGUGGAGACAGAAAACAGAUGUGAUGGAUGUUGGGGUUUUUCUGUUUUGUUGAAAGUAAAGCAUAAUUAUUCUUUGUUGCUGUUGUUGAGGUUUGCAGAACUGUGUGAGAGCUAAAACUUCAUAAAUCUGUGACUUUGAUUUACUGGGUGUUGUUGUGACGGGCCCCCGCUGUACGCUGGCGAUGUUUAAUACGUGACUCAGAGAUGUGGCGUCAGCCAGCUGGUGUUUGGUCUCACUGGAUGUGAAGCAAAGGAACACAAAAAUUCAUAUAAAUAUGUCUGAUUUAGGGCACAAAAUGAACCUGCUCAUUGUAUUUGUCUAUGUCCAGGGCUGGAUUUAGAAGGAUAAGGGCCUGGGGCUAGAGCCGGUUUUGGUACCCUAUCCAAAAAACAGCAACAACAAAAAAACAAGCAUUUACACAUGGAAACUACAGUUGAUGGCUCCAUGUUGGUCCCAAAUAGAUGCACUAUAAGUUCAGAAUUUUCAAAUAUUUGAGUUUUGUGUACAUUAACAAAAAUAUCAAUCAAACAAUACCAAGACAACACAUUUCAGAUGGGCUUAUGAGUUUUAUAUAAGCCACAAUGUAAAACAUUAAUUCAUUACAAAAAUCUUUGGGGUCCCCCAAAAAGUGGAGCCCUGGGCUACUGCCACUGUAAGCCCUUUCUGAGUCUGGCCCAGUUCACGUCCUGUGACUCUGUGACUCAGAUAUCUAAUCUGAGGAUUUACACAUCUUACAGGGGACACCAGCUCAGAGCCUCUUUCAGAAAACCAGCCGAACGCGGCCUGUGUGAACCACCACUCCUGUUUUCACUGGUUAAAAAACAAAAACUGACGAUGCGCUGCUGCAGUCUGCUCAUGUCAAGCUUGUCGUUAACUUGGAAAUUUCAGUAAAAGGAGGAUGUGUUUGUACAAAUCUGUUAUACUCUGAGAAAUAAAGAAUAUUUGUAAUAAA